CCACACAUACCGCAGCCAUGUCUCGAGUAGCAGGGCGCACCGACUGGGCCGAAGAAGAGGACGACAACGACGUUCAACUCCCCGCGCAGCAAAUCACCAAGAACAAGGAUGGAACCGAGACAAUAAUCACAUACCGCAUCGGCGACGACGGCAAGAAAUACAAGACGACCCGCCGCAUCAAGAAGACGGUCAUCAAGCAGGUGGUGAACCCCCGCGUGGCCGAGCGCAAGGCAUGGGCGAAAUUCGGGCAAGAAAAGGGCAAGGCUGCGGGCCCACAGACAGACACAGUCUCGGUCGCCGAGAACAUCCACUUCCGCCCCGUGGCCAACUGGAAGGCCAGCACCGAGGACAAGGGCGAGGACGAGAAGAAGCAGAUGGAGCUCAAGAACGCGAAGAUCAAGUGCCGUAUCUGCUCGGGCGACCAUUUCACCACAAAGUGCCCCUUCAAGGACACCAUGGCCCCCGAAGGCGACGUUGCGCCCGCAGACAUGCCCGACGAUGCGCCUGGUGGCGCGCAAGGUGGUCUGGGGACUGGCGCCGGUGGUUACGUUCCUCCUCAUCUUCGUGGCCGCGGCGGUGCGGGUGAGAAGAUGGGCGGCAAGUUUGAUCGCGACGACAGCGCCACGCUACGCGUUACGAACGUUUCCGAAAUGGCCGAGGAGCAGGAUCUGCGCGACAUGUUCUCCAGGCACGGACACGUUACAAGAGUCUUUUUGGCAAAGGACAGAGAGACAGGACGGGCCAAGGGCUUUGCGUUUGUCAGUUACGCCGACCGAGACGACGCCGCCAAGGCCUGCGAGAAGAUGGAUGGAUUCGGUUUCGGACAUCUUAUCCUGCGUGUCGAGUUCGCGAAGAAGGCUUGAACGGGUCAGUUCGAGGGUAUGGGCAGGUCUGCAUAGCGGCGUUUGGGACAUGGCAUAUGCUUCAUGUCAAUGUCAAUGUCAAUAGAUGGACUGUGAUGGCUGACGGUAGUUAUUACGAAUGGAUUCCGAA